AUGACCGACAUCAAGCGCGGAGUGAUGACACUGACCGACGAGCACAACUAUGAAGCCAAGGUUACCCAGGGCGAUGAUUGCUGGCACAGCUCCACUAUGCACACCCACCAUUCUUUCGCCCCAUCCAACACGAAGCCCUCUGGAGAUGACGGCAAAGACAAGGUGACACUUAAAGGCCGCCGCUUUAUCGCAGAGAAUGAAUACCCACCCAGAUUCAGCCUGAAAGACAUCGAAGUAGAAAUCGGCGCCUGGAUGUGCGUUGCCUGUCCAGCAUCGACCAGCACAUGCCCAACCUGCAAGCAAUUCGAGGGCCACGAGGACUCCCUCCUCCUUGCGAUCCAUGGAGCCUGCAUCACGGAGAAGAAAGUUACGCGCUCCUCCUUCGGAUUGUACUACGGCGUCAACAAUCUAGAGAACGUCUCACAUGCCAUCACCGGCAAGGCUCAUACAAACCAAAUCGCUGUGUUGACCGCUUGCCUGCGGGCCCUACGCAACGCAACUAGCAUUAUGAAUGAGCGACUGAAGCUGUCUCGCAAGGGAAACGAGCUCGUGCCUCUGCGUACUUUCAUCAUCAAGACCGAUUCCGAGUAUCUGGUUCGUGGCAUCACCGAGUGGCUGCCUAAGUGGAAGGAGGCUGGAUGGAAGACUUGCAAGGGUGUGACUGUUGCCAAUGCUGACUUGUUUAAGCUGGUGGAGGCUGGUAUCACUGUGCUGGAGAGAGUUGUUGAGGUCAAGUUCUGGCUUGUGCCCAAGGAGAACAACCAGGAGGCUGAGUGCCUGGCGAAGUGGGCUAUCAUGCACUGA